AUGAAAACAAACGUUCUUUUGACAAAAUCGUCACCAAUUCGUCCAAAGAGAAAUCGACAACCGAAACAUGUGUUACGUGUUAGAAUAAGAGUUGAUACAAUUGAUAAUGCCUUAAUUGAAACAUUAAUUAACCAAAAACAAUUAGAAAUAAUUGAAAAACAACUGAAGUAUCACCAUAUACCAUUUCAACAGGUGAAAGAUAAUAAAGAUGGAAUCACCAUCAUUGUGGGACCCCUGCACAAGACAAAUCAGCAACAAGGCAUUCAAUCGCAAUUUCAUGCAAAUUUUAGUACAAUUAUACCACAAAAAAUGUUGUUUCCACACAGUGAAAAUGAUCGAACAUUUCAACAUGGAUUCCCGUUCCGUAUAGAAGCACAAGAAUAUGAUCUUGCAAUUGAUAAGGGUUAG